AUGGACAAAAAGCUAGACUCUUGCUUCGACCGCGUCGAGAAAGCUCUAGCGACCCUUGUCGACUCGAUCGCCAAGUACAAUCCCUCCAUAAUUCAAGUGCAGGAGCUGGGAAACGCGGAAACGCAGCUAACCGAAGGCUUGCAAGAUCUGCAAACUCACCAGACCAACUACCGUCGCAUUCAGGAGCUACACGCCGCAACCUCGAGCUUCGACACCCAGAUCAAGGAUGCCCUCCGACUCCUUGCCAAUACGCGCAAGGAACUGCUCAGCACACCCGCUACGGUCUUCCCAGACGGCCCAAGCUACGACAUAAAGUACGACGAACUCCUGAGCUAUGCGCGGAGGAUCAGCAAGACGACAAUGCCACCAGUUGGUGCCGUCAACAGCAUACAGGCCGAUACCCAGAUGAAGGGCGAGAACGGAGGAAUGGAAACGGCGGCCACCACCCCCGGCGAGACGCCGAACGGGGUGCAGUCGCAACCACAGUCAGCCGCUGCCACACCCGCGAAUGGCAUCCAGCAGUCCUUCGACGCAUCCCAGCAGACCGCAAUAUCAGGCGGCACGACACUUCCCGAGCACCUGACCGCGCACCUGAACCCCAACAGCGGCUGCGAGUUCGUGCCCUGGCCAAGCGAGGAGCAGGUGCGCAAGGGCGCCAUCGCCUCGCUGUCGUUCAUCACCGAGCAGGGCAUCAACCCGGAGAACUACGACCCGGCCGAGGAAGAGGCGCGCAAGAAGCGCGAGGAAGAAGAGCGGCGGGAGCAGGAGGAGCGCGAAAGAGUCGAGCGCGAGGAGAGGGAACGCAAGGCUCGUGAGGAACAGGCCCGGCUGCGCGCCGAGAGGGAGCGCAAUCGCGAGCUGGAGGAGGCCGAGAACCGGCGCCGGGCCAGCGUCGGUACGGGUGGUGCUGGUGCUGGUGCGGGUGCUGGCGCUGCGCCGACGGCUCCUGGGGGGCCGCCGAGGCCGCAGGCUACGCAGUUCCAUUUCAUGGGUGAUGAUGACGACGAUGAUGACGAUUGA